AUGAUGGCGUCGUCCUCGUCGUCGACCGCCGCGGACGACGCGCCGCCGUCGUCCGCGGACAAAGCCUCGCUGCGUUGCCAAGCGCCGGGGACGAUCAACCUCGCGGUGGGGCACCCGCGGGAGCUCCCCUCGGACGUCCUCGCGGCCGCGAUGACGCGAAGCGCCGCGGCGCUUCGAAGCGACGACGCGCGCGAUCGCGACGCGGUCCCUCUGAACUACGUCGCGCGGCGCGGGCCGCCGGCGAUCCUCGAGACGUUCGCGUCGUUCCUCACGGACGCGUACGACGGAGGACGUCGGCCUCCUCGAGCGUCGUCGUCGUCGUCGUCGUCGUCGUCGUCGUCGCCCGUGACCGCGGCGUCGCUCGUCAUCACGAACGGCGUCUCGCACGGGCUGGACCUCGCGUGCGGCGCGCUGACGUCCCCGGGCGACGUCGUCGUGAUGGAGAUACCGACGUACUUUCUCGCCGCGGCGGUGUUUCGAGACCACGGACUCGAGGUGAUCGGCGUCCCGGGGACGGACGGGGAGUUCGAAGACGACGGCGGGGCGUUCGACGUCGUGUACCUCGUCCCGACGCACUCGAACCCGCGCGGGGGGACGCUCGGGACGGACGGACGGCGACGGUUGGUAUCCCUCGCGCGACGGUUCGGGUUCUACAUCUUCGCGGACGAGGUGUACCACGCGCUGCACUGGGGCGAGGAUCCGCCGCCGCCGCGGUUCUUUGAGAUCGAGAGGGCGAUGACGACGCUCGAGGAGGAUGAAGGCGGACGGCGGCGCGACGGGGGGAGAGACGCGGACGAAGGAGACGACGACGACGACGACGACGACGACGCGCGCGGCGACGUCAGCGUGUAUUCGGACGCGUGGGGGAAGAAUAAGAAAACGGGUUCGGGCGGCGGGGAAGAAGAAAACGCACCGAAACCGGGCGUUUCAUCGCAGCGCGGACAGCCGCCGCCGCCGGUGGUCGUGUCCGCGUCGUCGUUCACGAAAAUUUUAGCCCCCGGGCUGCGCCUCGGGUGGCUCGAGUGCGACCCCUCGCUCGCGACCGCGAUCGCGAACCGCGGCUACGUCGUCAGCGGCGGCUGCGUCGCGCCGUUCACCGCGGGCGUCGUCGCGCAGGCGAUCCUCUCCGGCGACGCCGCGGAUUGGCUGACGAAGUUGAGAGACGACUACAGAGAAAGCUCCGCCGCGUUGGCGCGUGCGGUGGAGGCGGAGACCGGCGGCAGCGACGGCUGUGCGUGGUCGUUCGCGUCGCCGUCGCCGCCGAGGGGCGGGUACUUCGCGUGGAUCAAGCUCCCGGCGGGGAUGCGCGCGGCUUCGCUCGCGGAGCCCGCGGCGAGGGAGGGCGUCGCGUUCUUACGCGGAGGGCAGUGCGCGCCGACCGCCGGGGACGAAGACGCGUUCGACGCGUGCGACGGGCACGUGCGCGUCUGCUUCGCGUUCCUGACCGCGGACGAGAUCGAAGAGGGUGUUCGACGGUUGGCCAAGGCGGUGCGAAGCGUCGCGGCGGCCGAGGCGGCGUCGUAAGUGAGGCGCUGCUACGACGGCAGGUACACUGUCGUAGGUACGGAAGUACGAAAUCGUACUUCCGUAUCUCAUACGUAGGAUCAUUCGACGCACGUUUCGAAGGCGGGCGGCGGUGGAAUACUGUAGUUGCUUAUAGACUAUUUGGUACAAGAUAGGUAAAAGAUAAUAGUGA